GUGUCAGCAGCAAUAGCGCUGGAUGCAGUGCUGGCAGCAAUACCGCUGGAUGCAGUGAGGAGGGGAUCGUGGGAUAGGACAGCAAGGGCAUGUCUUCUUCCCUCUUCAACACUAACCUCUAUAACCUAUUCCCCCCCAACCUUCCCCAUCCACUCGCCCCCCCAGGUGCUGGCAGCAAUACCGCUGGAUGCAGUGAGGAGGGGCGCGUGGGGCAGCAAGGGGGACUGGGGGACGUGGCUGCAGGGCAGGGGGAGGGGAAAAGGGGAAGGUGGAGGAUCAUUCAUUAUCCCCUCUCGCAUGACUCUCCCCCAUUCUCCCCAACAGGUGCUGGCAGCAAUAGCACUCGAUGCUGUUAGGAGGCGCGCAUGGGGGAGCAAGGGGGACUGGGGGAAGUGGCUGCAGGGCAGGGGGAGAACCCUUCCCCUCCACAAGCGCCCCUGGGGGAAGGGCGGAGGCAGGGGCUCAGGGGGAGGAGCAGGGGGAAGGGGCGGAGGGGGAGGUGUUGGGGGGGGAAGGGGGUUUGGGGGAGGGGCGGGGGGGAGGGGAUGGGGAGGGGGAGGGGGAGGGGGAGGCGGCUUCUGGGAGCCUGUGAAUAGACAGCCGUGGGUGCUGGUGGCGGGGUUUGUGGCAUCGCUGGAAGAGGCAGGGAAUUUCAGAGUCAAAAAGUUGCUACAGCAGCACAGAGCGUUGCAGCAGCAGAGGGAGGAGAGGGAAGCAAAGAGAUCGUUUGCAGAAGAUGGGAUGAGGGAGGGCAACAAAAAGAUCAUGUGGCUGCUUCGCUGCACGCGCGCCCACUGCCGCUACAAGAAGGCGUUCACAUUCCCAUCAUUCAUGGAGGGUUGGGUCUGCACUGAUCAAAAUGCAGAGAGCAAGGUGGAGAAGGAAGAGGGUGAGAAGGCAGAUAGAGGGAAGGAAGCAGAGGGAGGGAAGAAGGAGAAGGGGAAGGAGAAGGAGAAGGAGAAGGGGAAGGAGAAGGAGAAGGGUAAGGAGAAGGGGAAGGAGAAGGAGAAGGGGAAGGAGAAGGCGGGUAGGGAGAAGCUGAGGCUGGUGGGGAUGGACUGUGAGAUGUGUGAGACGUGGGACGAUGAGGAACCCAUGGAGCUGACGAGGGUCUCUGUGGUGGACGACAAGGGCAAGGCUGGUUGGUGGUGGGGAUGGAUGUGUGAGACGUGGGACGAUGAAGAACCCAUGGAGCUGACACGGGUCUCUGUGGUGGACGACAAGGGCAAGGUGCUGUUGGAUCGGCUGGUGAAGCCACAGAGGGAAGUGAAGUCGUAUGUGACUGAGAUCACCGGGCUAAAGGAGGAGGAUUUCAAGACGGUCCAAUACACGUGGGAGGACGCACAGCGUGACGUGGCGGCACUGCUGACACCCAACACAGUGCUGGUGGGGCACCACGUGUCUGGUGACAUGGAUGUGCUCAAGAUAGACCAUCCAUUGGUCAUCGACACAUCGCUGCUCUUCCGCUACUCAUCAAAGGACUCCAAUAUGUCUACCGUUCAGCUACCCCUGGCUCUCGUUGCUCUGCGUGACAUGGGUUACAAGAUGCGGCAGGGCGACACAUCGCACCACGACAGUGUGGAGGACUCAAUGGUUCCCGUCCGACUGGUUCAGAAGGCUGUUGCCUCUGACGCUCUCCUCCCCACGCCCAUCCAGCCGCUCUCUGCCACUGUUGGCAACUAUCUGAUGCGGGAACUGACCAUUGACAGCCUGCCACGUGGCACUACUCCAGAGAUGAUCCUUGCCUUGCUGGCGCAUUACGAGAGGAGGAGGAUGGAAGCGAAGAGGAGGGAAGAGGAGGAGAAGGGGGAAAAGGAAGGGCAGGAGGGGGCGGAGGAGGGGGGAAAGGGAAAGAAGGGAAAGAAGGGGAAGAAGGUUAAGAAGGGGAAAAAGGGGGAGCAGGAGGUGGAGGAGAAAGGGGAAGAAGGGGAGAAGGAGAAGGAGGAGGAAGAGGAGGAGGAGGAGGAGGAGGAGGAUGAGACAAGAGUAUGGGUUCCGGGGCAGCAGAAGGAUGAGGAUGACAUGAUGCCAUGGGUGACGAAACCUCGACCAAGCGGCAGGGGUGAUGGCUGCUUCGCUCGAGUGCACUACCCCUUCCCUUCGUCCGCUCUCGCGCUCUUCCACUCCCUUCCAGGAGAGAUUGAAGCGGACCCCUGGGGGCGGUGGAAGAAGAAAAUUCCUGUACCAGAGCACCUGCAGAAGCACAUCUAUUAUAUCGAUUACCCCAGGGGCGCAGGCGGUAACAGCAUUAACCCUGUUUACCGGCCUGCAACAGAAGUGGUGGUGGCGUGUGGCGGCGAUGGUAACCGCAUGAUCCACGGGGUUGGGGCGAAGAUGCUUAGAGCCAUGGGGGAUCAACUGACGCUUGUGUGUGAGGAUGCUGAUGAUGUAUGGGAUGUGUUAGUAGGGAGGGAAGAGAAGGAUGGGGAGGAGGAGGAGGAGGAGGAGGAGGAGGAGGAGGAGGAGGAGGAGGAGGAGGAGGAGGAGGAGGAGGAGGAGGAGGAGGAGGAGGAGGAGGAGGAGGAGGAGGAGGUGAGGCAGCUGGAGGCAGGGCAGGAGGAGAAGCUGUUGGAGCAGACGCGGGUGAGAGAUGAGAUCAUGGCGAAGGCGAGAGCGGACAUGAAGGCCAAGUGGAAGCAGAUGCUUGCUAUGGAUGAGACCGACGAGCGCUUAGUUGAGAGUCUUUUAAGAAGUAGUUAUUAUGAUGCGGUGGCUGCAGUGGAGAGGGCAAGAGGGGAGGGUGGGGGAGGGAAGGAAGGGGAGGGGGAGGUGGAGGUGGAGGUGGAGGGGGUGGGGGAGGGGGAGGAGGAGGAGGAGGAGGAGGAGGAGGAGGAGGAGGAGGAGGAGGAGGAGGAGGAGGAGGAGGAGGAGGAGGAAGAGGAGGAGGAAGAGGAGGAAGAGGAGGAAGAGGAGGAAGAGGAGGAAGAGGAGGAAGAGGAGGAAGAGGAGGAAGAGGAGGAAGAGGAAGAAGAGGAGGAGGAAGAGGAGGACGAAGAGGAGGAAGAAGAGGGUGAGGAGCAGGAGGAAGGGGAGGAAGAGGAGGAAUAA